CUGUAUUAAACAAACACAUAGUUAUAUAUAGUUAUUUGUGUCACUAUUGCUUGUACAUGUUGAUAUGUCUGGCUCUGUAAACAACACCCUUGUACAAUUUAGCACAUUUUUCUGCAACUUCAUGUCACAUUGAAAGAGGAAGUCUGUCUGAGUGGAGGACUACAUUAAUGUGCUGUUGGUUUAUUUCUUGUUAACUUUCCACUCUGGCUUCAAGGUGUUAAUAGGAGGGAGGCUGGACGAUGAUGAUCCUUCCAAUCAGCUGUCUCAUUCUUCUUGUGACAGCUGUUCCCUGUUACUCAGUCAGUUUUGCAGAAAUAGAAAGAACCUCCCUGAAUGUCUUUGUGGGGACAUGUGUGGAGAUCAGAUGUAAAGUCACUGGAGUUUUACCUGAUGAAGAUGCUCUGUGGUUCUGGAUGAAGGAUGGAAAAUGGGAUGAAGGCAAACUCAGUGGCACCAUUGUUUACAGUAACAAGCCCACAGAACAACACAUCAGUCCACAGUUUAGACAUCGAGUCACUUACACUGGAUCUACACGAUUAGAGAAUACAGCCUCAUCCUCCAAUAAUCCAUCAUGCAGUGUUAGAAUCUGUGAUCUGACAGAACAGGACAGUGGAAAGUAUUUUUUCAGAUAUAUCUCUAAGGAGCGGGACUUUAAAUGGAGUACAAAUAAUGCUGUCAUUUCAGUCACAGAAAACCCAUGUGCAAUCACGUUCAACAAACCAGCGCCUGUACGAGAGUCUCAAACCAUCACUCUCACAUGUUCUACUCCGAGAUCAUGUUCUAAAUACUUGGAAAUUCAAACUGUUCCUUGGUCUGGUGUAAAAACAUCUCAGUCUAGCUCCAGUUAUUCUGCCUUUGCAUCCUACAGAGCCUCAUGGAGGGACAAUGACAAAGAGUUCACCUGUCAAACACGAGGAAACAAAGACCCACAACUGAUGAAGAAGAUCACGAUCUCAGUGGAGUACAAACCAAAGAACACCAACAUUGAAAUUGUUGGUCAGAGCAGAGAAGUAGCAGUGGGUCACUCUGUGACUCUCAAAUGUAACAGUGAUGCCAACCCUCCUCCUCACACAUACGAUUGGUUUAAAGGCAGUCAAUAUCUUCAGAGAACAACUGAAAACAGACUGGAGCUGAAGAAAGUGCAGAGAGCAGACGAGGGCUGCUACAUCUGCAAAGCUGCCAACAAACACGGACACGGCUACAGCACAGACCUGUGUAUAAAAAUGCUCUAUCCUCCCACCAGUCUGACUCUGUCCAUGAACUCAGAGGUGACAGAGGGACAGAAUGUCUCCAUCACAUGUCGUGUGGACAGUUCUCCAGUGUCCACCCUGACCCUCAGCAGGACCUCACAGGGUUCUCCAGUGGAGCUGCUCAGAGACACUGAGCACAACUCUCUGAUCUACUCUGUCACUGUGACCUCUGCCCAUUCAGGAGAAUACACCUGCUCCGCCCACAACAGUGUGGGCUCAGACAGCACCAAGAGGUCACUCACCGUCAAAUAUGCUCCUCAGAAGGUGAGAGUCCAGGCUGAUCCAGGUCUGAUGGUCAAAGAGAACACAACACUGACGUUACACUGCAGCGCUCUGAGCCAUCCUCCUGUGAGCUCAGUGACCUGGAGCAGGGGCCCCACGGGGCAGGAGUCCCUUGUGCACACGGGGCCCACCUUCAGUGUGAGCUCAGUCAGUGUGAACGACAGUGGCCUCUACAGCUGCACCGCCCACAACCAGCUCGGACAAGGAACGUCUCCACCAGCUGAAGUUCAAGUCAUGUUUGGUCCAAAUCAGGCUGUGGUGCUGAGAGCAGAGGAGGAGCAGGGCCCUGAUGGGAGCAGCUCAGUGACUCUGAGCUGCAGCAGCCACAGCUUCCCCCCGGUCAACCUCUACACCUGGUACAGGAGGACGGAGGACGGAGAGCUCAAAGUGUCUGAGAACAUCAACUACACUGUGCUGUCCACACAGCCCGGAGUCUACUACUGCACUGCCAAGAACCAGAUCAGUGAGAGCACGUCUGAGCCAGUCAGCCUCUUUCUACAGGAAAGCUUUGUGAAGUACACUGGCCUGGCUCUGGUGCCCCUGCUGAUCAUCUUAUGUGCUUUCAUUGUUUACAGGCUGAAAAUAAAGAGGUCUGUUGAAGGGGAAAGAACGAACAAGCCCUGGUGGAGGAGUUGUUCAAAGGCUCUGGGAGGAUGGCACAGCUCCAGAGGCUGCUCAGAGGAUGUCCAUGCAGAGACACCUGGAAGGAGAGAUGUCCCACCACCUCAGCAGAGAGCAGACGUGAUGAACAGUACAUCCAGUGCCAAUGCUCCUUACUCCACUGUGAACCUCCCCAAACAUAAACGAAGCCGUCCUGGCACCAGUGAUGAAAACAUCGCCUCAUUCUUCUACGCCUCAGUGCACUUUGACAAGAACCCAUCGACUCUGAUCCCCAAAGAAAGAGAGGAAGUCGUCUACUCCACUGUAAAGAAGCAUCAUGAGGAAGCAGGAGAUGUCUAUGAGAAUGUUAGAAAAAAGGCGGAUUGUUCAGCUGCAGCAGACAGCAGUGAGGAUGAGGUGGAUGUGAGUUACUCCGAGGUGAACUUGAGGAGUCGAGUGACGGCAGCGGAGGAGGAGUACUCAGAACUCAACUUCUAAACACACUUAGGAUCUAUUGACUCUGUGCACAGAAGUAUGUUAGCUAGCUCACUGUGUCUCAAAACUAACAGUCACUAGAGUUAAAUUAUUUUACAUGUUGUCAGUGACAUCCACCCACAACUCUCUGUCCACUGCCUUCUCUUUAAGUAUUAAUAUAUUUUAGCAUGACUCAGCAAAAACACAUAGAUACACAAUUACACAGGAAGUAGUGAGUCUAACAGUGUGUUUGCCGGGCCUGUUGUGCACAGAGAAUAUUACAAGAAACUCAUGAAAUACUGUAAAUGAAACCAGGAACACCUCACCCUUACACUGCCUACAGACGCCACAUCUCAACCCAUCUUCACCACAGCAGCAGAACCAUCAGCCUCCUCAGCCUCUCCUUCUCCUCACUCACUGUCUCUCCUGGUUGAAUUUCUUUAUUUGUGGUAUAUUGAUAUAUAGAUUGUGGGGGGUUCCUUGAAUUAUUGUCUUACUGUGUGG